CGCGAGGCGGCCAGGUGAGCGGCGCGCACCCGGCGGAUGUCCCAGCCGGGGCCCAGCGAGCGCCAGGUAGUUGCCAGUUGCCAGCAGAAUGAGCACAGAGAGAGACUCGGAAACAACAUUCGAUGAGGAUUCUCAGCCAAAUGAUGAAGUGGUUCCUUAUAGCGAUGAUGAAACCGAAGAUGAACUUGAGGACCAGGGGCCUGCCAUUGAACCAGAGCAGAAUCGAGUCAACAGAGAAGUAGAGGAAAACAGGGAGACGUUCAGAAAAGACUGUACAUGGCAAGUCAAAGCAAAUGACCGGAAGUUCCAUGAACAACCCCAUUUUAUGAACACAAAGUUCUUCUGUAUCAAGGAGAGUAAAUAUGCGAGUAAUGCAAUUAAAACAUACAAAUACAACACAUUUACCUUUCUACCCAUGAAUUUACUUGAGCAGUUUAAGAGAGCAGCCAAUUUCUAUUUCCUGGUUCUACUUACCUUACAGGCAAUUCCUCAAAUCUCCACCCUGGCAUGGUACACCACACUUUUUCCCCUACUUCUGGUGCUGGGCAUCACUGCCAUCAAAGACCUGGUGGACGAUGUGACUCGACACAAAAUGGACAAGGAAAUCAACAACAGGUUAUGUGAAGUCAUUAAGGAUGGCAGGUUCAAAGUUACCAAAUGGAAAGACAUUCAAGUCGGUGAUGUCAUCCGUCUGAAAAAAAACGAUUUUAUCCCAGCUGACAUCUUGCUGCUAUCCAGCUCUGAACCUAACAGCCUGUGCUAUGUGGAGACAGCCGAACUAGAUGGAGAAACCAAUUUGAAGUUCAAAAUGGCACUGGAAAUCACAGACCAGUACCUCCAAAGAGAAGAUAACUUGGCGACAUUUGAUGGUUUUAUUGAAUGUGAAGAACCCAACAACCGGCUGGAUAAGUUUACGGGAACAUUGUUUUGGAGAAACAGAAGUUUUCCCUUGGAUGCUGAUAAAAUUUUGCUGCGAGGCUGUGUGAUUAGGAACACUGACAUUUGUCAUGGCUUGGUCAUUUUUGCAGGUGCUGACACUAAGAUAAUGAAGAACAGUGGAAAAACCAGAUUUAAAAGAACUAAAAUCGAUUACUUGAUGAACUACAUGGUGUACACGAUUUUUGUUGUCCUCAUCCUGCUUUCUGCUGGCCUUGCCAUCGGCCAUGCUUACUGGGAAGCACAAGUUGGCAAUUAUUCUUGGUACCUCUAUGAUGGAGAAAAUGCCACGCCUUCCUACCGGGGAUUCCUGAAUUUCUGGGGCUACAUCAUUGUGCUGAACACCAUGGUGCCCAUCUCUCUCUAUGUCAGCGUGGAGGUGAUUCGUCUAGGACAGAGUCACUUCAUUAACUGGGAUCUGCAGAUGUACUACUCUGAGAAGGACACACCUGCAAAGGCCAGGACCACCACGCUGAAUGAGCAGCUCGGGCAAAUCCAUUACGUCUUCUCGGAUAAGACGGGGACACUCACACAAAAUAUCAUGACCUUCAAAAAAUGCUGCAUCAAUGGACAAAUCUAUGGAGAUCAUCGAGAUGUUUCUCAACAUAAUCAUAGCAAGAUAGAGCAAGUUGAUUUUAGCUGGAAUACAUUUGCUGAUGGGAAGCUAGCAUUUCACGACCAUUAUCUUAUUGAGCAAAUUCAGUCAGGGAAAGAGCCAGAAGUCCGGCAGUUCUUCUUCUUGCUUGCAGUCUGCCACACUGUCAUGGUGGAAAGAGCUGAUGGUCAGAUCAACUACCAGGCGGCCUCUCCCGACGAAGGAGCCCUAGUCAACGCUGCCAGGAACUUUGGCUUUGCCUUCCUUGCCAGGACGCAGAACACCAUCACCAUCAGCGAGCUGGGCACAGAAAGGACCUACAGUGUUUUGGCCAUCUUAGAUUUCAACAGUGACAGGAAGCGGAUGUCUAUCAUUGUGAGAACCCCGGAAGGCAGCAUCAGGCUGUAUUGUAAAGGUGCUGACACUGUAAUUUAUGAACGGUUACAUCAAAUGAAUCCGACAAAGCAGGAGACGCAGGAUGCCCUGGAUAUCUUUGCAAGUGAAACCCUUCGGACCCUCUGCCUUUGCUACAAGGAAAUUGAAGAAAACGAAUUUGCAGAGUGGAAUAAGAAAUUUAUGGCUGCCAGUGUGGCUGUGACCAACCGGGAUGAAGCUCUGGAUAAAGUCUAUGAAGAAAUUGAAAAAGACUUAAUUCUCUUAGGAGCUACAGCUAUUGAAGAUAAACUACAAGAUGGAGUUCCAGAAACCAUUUCCAAACUUGCAAAAGCUGACAUUAAGAUCUGGGUACUCACUGGAGACAAAAAGGAAACUGCUGAAAAUAUAGGAUUUGCCUGUGAGCUUCUGACAGAAGACACCACUAUCUGCUAUGGGGAAGAUAUAAAUUCUCUUCUCCACACGAGGAUGGAAAACCAGAGAAACAGAGGCGGUGUUUAUGCAAAAUUUGCACCUCCUGUGCAUGAACCUUUUUUUCCAACUGGUGAAAACCGUGCCUUAAUAAUCACUGGUUCGUGGUUGAAUGAAAUUCUUCUAGAGAAAAAGACCAAGAGAAGUAAGAUAUUGAAGCUGAAAUUCCCCAGGACAGAAGAGGAGCGGCGCAUGCGAACUCAAAGUAAGAGGAGACUUGAAGCCAGGAAAGAGCAGCGGCAGAAGAACUUCGUAGACCUAGCCUGUGAGUGCAGUGCCGUCAUCUGCUGCCGUGUUACCCCCAAGCAGAAGGCCAUGGUGGUGGACCUGGUGAAGAGGUACAAGAAGGCCAUCACACUGGCCAUUGGAGAUGGGGCUAAUGAUGUCAACAUGAUCAAAACUGCGCACAUUGGUGUUGGGAUAAGUGGACAAGAAGGAAUGCAGGCUGUCAUGUCCAGCGACUAUUCCUUUGCCCAGUUCCGAUUUCUGCAGAGGUUGCUGCUGGUGCAUGGCCGGUGGUCUUAUAUAAGGAUGUGCAAGUUCCUACGAUACUUCUUUUACAAAAACUUUGCGUUUACUUUGGUUCAUUUCUGGUACUCCUUCUUCAAUGGCUACUCAGCACAGACUGCCUAUGAGGACUGGUUCAUCACACUGUACAACGUGCUGUACUCCAGCCUGCCUGUGCUCCUCAUGGGGCUGCUCGACCAGGAUGUGAGUGACAAACUGAGCCUUCGUUUUCCUCGGUUAUACGUGGUGGGACAAAAGGACUUACUAUUCAACUAUAAGAGAUUCUUUGUCAGCUUGCUGCAUGGGAUCCUAACGUCUUUGGUCCUCUUCUUCAUACCUCUUGGAGCUUAUUUGCAAACCGUGGGACAGGACGGAGAGGCACCUUCAGACUACCAGUCUUUCGCUGUCACUGUUGCCUCGGCCCUUGUAAUAACAGUCAAUUUCCAGAUUGGCUUGGAUACUUCUUACUGGACUUUUGUGAAUGCUUUUUCCAUUUUUGGAAGCAUUGCCCUUUAUUUUGGCAUCAUGUUUGAUUUUCAUAGUGCUGGAAUACAUGUUCUCUUUCCGUCUUCAUUUCAAUUUACAGGCACGGCUUCCAAUGCGCUGAGACAGCCAUAUAUUUGGUUGACCAUCAUCUUAACGGUUGCAGUGUGCUUAUUACCCGUGGUUGCCAUGCGUUUCUUGUCAAUGACCAUCUGGCCAUCAGAAAGUGAUAAGAUCCAGAAACACCGCAAGCGGUUGAAGGCGGAGGAGCAGUGGAAGCAGCGGCAGCGCGUGUUCCGGCGGGGCGCGUCCUCGCGGCGCUCGGCCUACGCCUUCUCGCACCAGCGCGGCUACGCCGACCUCAUCUCGUCCGGGCGCAGCCUGCGCCGGAAGCGCGCGCCGCUGGACGGCAUCGCCGACGGCCCGGCCGAGUACCGGCGCACGGGGGACAGCUGAGGCCGCCCGGCCGGACGCGGCUCCUGCUCGUUCUCUUUUUAAACAGACCGCCGCCGGCUGUACGCGGGUUGGGCCGCCGCGCGGGCGCAGGGCCCGGGGAGACCUUUCGGCCGGCUUGGUUGGCUGCGGCCUCCACGGUCCGGUGACAUUCCUGACAUCUCCCUGUCCUGGGGCGGUUCAGCUCCCCGCCCCAGCUUACAGUGAUAACACCACCUUUCCUGAACACUCACCACCC